AGGCUGGAGAGAGUGAUCUGAUUCUUCUGAAGCGCAUGUCAGAGAGGAGGAGGAGGAGGGAGGGAAUGAACCAGGAAGAGAGAGAGAGAGAGAGAGAGAAGGCAGCCUCCGGUUGACAGUCCAUGGAGGUCUGCAGGAUCUCCAGGACCAGGAACCAUCCCUGGCUGCUGCGCCUGGUGUGUGUUUCGCCUGCUGCUAUCACAAGGGGCUGCAGGGCUUUCAUCACCACUGAAUGGUGUGCUGUCCUGAUGUCUCUCUCAAAGCCAGGAGGACUGACGUCAGAGACUUUCUCUGGAUCAGCCCCUGAGAGCUGUAGGAUCCACCCAGGAGGAUGCAGGGCCUCAGGAGGAACAGCUCUAGCCAGCUCUGACUUCUGGUGGGGCGGGACAGCUGGUGUUGUGAAUCAGGCCGCUAUAGUGCCAGACACGGCUUCUUCCCAACACCAGGGUCACACCCCACUGUCCGCAGCACCGAAGCCCCGGAGCCCAGCCCUCUCCCUCACCGGCAGCAAGGCACAGCAACAGCACUGUCCGCAGCACCGAAGCCCCGGAGCCCAGCCCUCUCCCUCACAGGCAGCAAGGCACAGCAACAGCACUGUCCGCAGCACCGAAGCCCCGGAGCCCAGCCCUCUCCCUCACAGGCAGCAAGGCACAGCAACAGCACUGUCCGCAGCACCGAAGCCCCGGAGCCCAGCCCUCUCCCUCACCGGCAGCAAGGCACAGCAACAGCACUGUCCGCAGCACCGAAGCCCCGGAGCCCAGCCCUCUCCCUCACCGGCAGCAAGGCACAGCAACAGCACUGUCCGCAGCACCGAAGCCCCGGAGCCCAGCCCUCUCCCUCACCGGCAGCAAGGCACAGCAACAGCACUGUCCGCAGCACCGAAGCCCCGGAGCCCAGCCCUCUCCCUCACCGGCAGCAAGGCACAGCAACAGCACUGUCCGCAGCACCGAAGCCCCGGAGCCCAGCCCUCUCCCUCACCGGCAGCAAGGCACAGCAACAGCACUGUCCGCAGCACCGAAGCCCCGGAGCCCAGCCCUCUCCCUCACCGGCAGCAAGGCACAGCAGCAGAUCACAGCAGGACAGAUCAAAAUGCAUGCCGAGACUAGUGGAGGAUGUGUCUUUCAAAAACAGACUAGUCGAAGUUCAUUAAAAUGGGGCAUAAGAGGAGCAUUUGAGCAUGGGCCCAAAGCACAACCACCAUUGUUUAAUUCUCAAUUGUUAUUAAAGUAGAGUUGUAUUGUAUUGACUUGCCCUAUGACAGCUUCUGUGUGUCUGCACACUAGGACUAGGAUUCAACAUCAGUGAACUAUCAGAGCGUAGUACAACUAGAGAGAGGACAGUGCUGAUGGGAAUAGCAUGAAAUGAAUAAUCAAUCAAAAUGAAAUGUGUUCCGGUUUAUGUAAAAGCAUGACAAAUGAAAGGCUGGGUGUAUUCCUUUGUCUGGGAUUAAAUACAAAAUGGAUUUUGAUGUUAGUCUCAGUCUUAGUAUCAGUACGCUUUGUUGGCAUCCCUCGGUGCUGCUUUUAUUUCACUUUAUAUUAUAUACUUUUAUUAAACUCAUCAAAGGACUCUUUAUUUGUUAUUCGUUACUUAACAAAUUGUAUGUUUUCAUUGUGUGGUGGUAGUUUGUGAGUGAAAGUGUUUUUGCAUCAUUAUUCCAAUAAUAAAGUAGGAUACAUGUGAACAACUACAGUUAUGUAUCUUGU